UGUCACGUGCUUAUCUGUAAAGUGAUUACUCAAUCUCGCUCGUUUUUGUUUGAUAAGGAUUUUCGAGAUCCACAUAAGUUAUAACACAAGCUUUUCUGUAAUAUAUACCAAAAUGAAGUGGCAAUAUAAAGAAGAGCACUCUUUCGAAAAUCGAAGAAUCGAGGGAGAGAAAAUAAGAAAAAAAUAUCCAGAUCGAGUUCCAAUAAUUGUAGAGAAGGCUCAAAAAGCUCAUAUUGGUGACUUAGACAAGAAAAAGUAUCUUGUGCCGUCAGACCUUACAGUUGGGCAAUUUUACUUUCUUAUUCGAAAACGUAUCCACCUACGCCCGGAAGGUACAUUGUUUUUCUUUGUAAACAAUGUAAUUCCUCCUACCAGUGCAACAAUGGGUUCUUUGUACCAGGAACACCAUGAAGAGGAUUUCUUCUUGUAUGUAUCAUAUAGCGAUGAAAAUGUUUAUGGAGCAUAAUAGUGGAAAAAAAAGUGGCUCUAAAAUAUAAAAAAACAACUUAUUUGUCAAAACUAUGGUUUCAUUCAUUGAUGAAAUACAAAUUAAAUUAGAAAGGUAGAUAAUGUGAUAUUACCUAAUACACUUGAUUACUCAAGUAAUCUACACUAAAACAGUUUUGUUAGAUUACUGAAAAAGAAAUUUCAUACAGGUUCUUUGAUAUUGAUUUGUUUCAAGUCAUUGCCUUAAGAAUGACUGGUCUUUCAGAAAAUGUAAUGUUUUAUAUACUAGGUAAUAAAAUUUAUCUCAGUAUGUAGUAAAAUUAACUUUUGCUUUUUACAUUGUAAAGGUGAUGUAAUCAUAAUGUAUAGGUUUCAAAUUUUGAAGAAAUGUUGUGUAUGAUAAGACUGAGUCUUGUCAUUUUCAGACCAUUUUAUCAUGAUAAAUAAUAGUGCGUAAAAUGAUUCUUGCAUACUGCAAUUUAAAAAAAGAAUUAAAACUUUACUCACAAAAAUUUAAAUCUGGAUUUGUACUGCUAGUUUAGUAGUUUCAAAAACCAAUUUAGAAGUGGAAGUUGUACUGAGCUGAUAUUUGAAAUUAUUUCAAAAGCAUUGGAAGUGAAUUAAAUCUUUUUUUUUUUUUUUGAUACUGCUGCUACAGAGUUUUUCAUGUUACAAAAAUAUAAAUUAUUUAUUCAUGUGUAUGGCUAAGUGUCAUUUUAAUUUUGCAUGUUAAUGAGAGUACUGAUCAAUUUGGGAAAAGCUUAAAUGUUUGAAAUAUUUGUUUAAUUAAGAAAGUUAUUAAUGAAACGUUUUCGUCAAUUAAAUUCCUCUUAUUGGCAAUUUUUGUAA